GUAAGAUGAUGAACCUCAUGUUACAUGCCCUAUAAAUUGGACCACUGAAUGAGUCUUUCUUAAUUCACACUGGAGCUACUAGGACUCUACAUCACUCUGGUUUACCCUCAGCUUUAAAUGAUGCUGUCUCCACAGCUGCACAAAAUCUUAGCAGUAGCUUUUUUCCUGCUCCCAUUCUGUGCGCAAGGUACACUUGCAGGAUUUCUUCCUUUCAAGCGUUUUUUUGGAGGUGGAACUAACAAACAACAAAUACCAGAUCCCGUACCAGUGGCUGGUAAUGAAAAUGGGGACACCGUCAGUCAACUAGAACAUCGGAUUUCCAGACUGGAAGGAGUCCUUCGCUUGAACAAGAUGAUAACAGAGUCUGGAGGAAAAAUAUUUGCUAGCAAUGGGAAAAAAGCCGAUUUUGAUACUACACUGGAAAAAUGUAAAGAGGCUGGAGGCUCUAUUGCCACUCCAAGGAGCCCUGGCGAGAAUGAUGCCAUUCUGUACUUUGUGAAAUAUUUUAACACCUACGCCUACCUUGGGAUAAAGCAAUCCCUUAUUCCAGGCAAAUUCCAGCUCCUGAAUGGUGCUCAGCCAAGCUAUACUAACUGGUAUUCAAAUGAACCUUCUGGCAAAGGGGAGGAGGAAUGUGUGGAGAUGUACACUGAUGGCACUUGGAAUGACAAAAAGUGCAACAAGAAUCACCUUAUUGUCUGCCAGUUUUAGUGCUUCCCUUGCUGCUCUCUGGAAUAUGCUUCCCUGCCACUUGUAUCUUCAUUUGUAGCUAGUGAAUUUAGAUAACACAGCAUGAAAAAAUAAAAUUCACUCUUUCCCA